AAAUAACGCCCGAUAGCGGUACCAACAGCCUCAUCGAACGCCUACUCCGUCGCCAAACACUCGAAUCUUUUCGCGGCGCUUCCAUAUCCAAUUCCACCAUGUCGAGCUCGUCGGGCGUGCCAGAGUCUUGGAUCGCAUCCUUCUGCUCCCUCCUGGGACACGAGUAUUUUGCCGAAGUGUCAGAAGAAUUCAUCGAAGAUGACUUCAACCUUACUGGCCUGCAGACCCAGGUCGCCAUGUACAAGGAGGCUCUCGAGAUGAUCCUUGAUGUCGAGCCUGAGGACGAUGAUGACGAGGAGGAGGAGGACGAGGAGGACGAGGAAGACAUGUCCGGUGGCGACGGCAUCAACAAACCCCACGGCGAAAGGAGACAUCACAGCCGCAUCGCGAGCGAUCUUUCUGUGAUCGAGUCCUCGGCCGAGAUGCUGUACGGUCUGAUCCAUCAGCGCUUCAUCUGCUCGCGGGCGGGUAUCCAGCAAAUGUCGGAAAAAUACGAGCUCGGUCACUUCGGCAUCUGCCCACGCACAAACUGCAACCAGACCCGCACGCUGCCCGUCGGCCUCUCGGACACGCCCGGCGAAGACACGGUUAAGCUGUUCUGCCCGUCGUGCCUGGAUGUCUACGUGCCACCAAACAGCCGCUUCCAGACGGUGGACGGUGCCUUCUUCGGCCGCACCUUUGGCGCGCUCUUCCUCAUGACCUUCCCCGAAUACGACUUGACCAAGACCGGCGCUGAGAGCGUUAGCAACCUCACACGAUCCGGCUCUGACGACACCACCGUCAUUAACGGCAUGUACGCGCGCAACAUAGCGCCCGGGCUGGGCAGGGGCAAGAUCUACCAGCCCAAGAUCUACGGUUUCAAGGUGUCAGAAAUCGCGCGUUCCGGGCCACGCAUGCAGUGGUUGCGCAGCAAGCCUGACGACUUGAGCGUGCUGGACGAGGCUCGUCGCUAUGCGGAACAACAAGGGUCGGAUGACGAGGAUGAGAGCAUGGGUGUGAGCAGCAGGACAGCCUCGAGGCGGCGGGGGCCUCCUAGGAGGCAAAAGCAAAACGGGAGUCCGAUGGCGAUCGAACAGAAUGGGGCUGAGUCGGAGCUUUGAGGUUGCGAAGCUGAACUUGGGGGCUUGAAUGGAUAUUGAAAAAAGGAGGAUCACGUUUUGUAGGUAAGGAGUAAGGAAGCGUGUGCGCAAGCAACUGGACAACGGGCUGUUG